UUCUCUCUAUAUAUUCAUUCUUGAAUCCAAUCUCAACAUUCCUAAACCCUUGUAAAUAAUUAGAAUUCCCACACAAAUUUAAGGUAAAAAAAAAACAGAUUUUUGGGUUUAAUUUUAAAGAAACAAAGAUAUGAAACCACCAUUGUCGUCUUCUUCCUCUGCUGUUCUUAGAAAAGCUCGACUCUCUCCUUACCUCUUUACGUUGUUAGCUUUCAUUGUUUUCGUUUCUAUUCUUUAUGGAGAAGAUUUCAUGUGCACUCUUGGACAACUUGAACCAAUUCCAGGCCGAGCCAUGUCUAAACCUGUGAAAAGAAGAGGGAAGUUGGCAUUCGCUAUAGGGAAGGGCGAAGAAGGAUGUGAUAUAUUCAGGGGGAGGUGGGUGAGGGACGAGUUAACUCGGCCUCUCUAUGAAGAAUCGGAGUGUCCGUACAUUCAACCCCAGUUGACAUGUCAAGAACAUGGAAGGCCUGAUAAAGACUAUCAGAAAUGGCGAUGGCAACCUCGUGGAUGCGAUCUUCCUAGCUUCAAUGCGACAUUGAUGUUGGAAACACUAAGAGGGAAGAGAAUGAUGUUUGUUGGUGACUCAUUGAACCGUGGUCAAUACGUAUCAAUGAUAUGUCUUCUUCAUAAACUCAUCCCUAAUGACCAGAAAUCCAUGAAAACUCAUAAAAAUGGUUCCCUCACAGUUUUCAAAGCCAGGGAUUAUAAUACGAGCAUUGAAUUCUACUGGGCUCCAUUUCUCCUUGAAUCGAACGCAGAUAAUGCGGUUGUUCAUAGGAUAUCUGAUAGAGUAGUGAGGAAAGGUUCGAUCAAUAAGCACGGCAAGAAUUGGAAAGGGGUUGAUAUCUUGGUUUUCAAUACCUAUUUGUGGUGGAUGACUGGCCUGGAGAUGAAAGUCUUGAAAGGAUCGUUUGAGGAGGAGAAUAAAGAAAUAAUAAAGGUUUCAACUGAGGAAGCCUAUGGAAUGGGAAUGAGAAGCAUGUUGAGAUGGGUGAGAAAAAAUAUGGAUCGCAAGAAGACUAGGGUUUUUUUCACUAGCAUGUCCCCUACUCAUGCAAAGGGCAUAGAUUGGGGAGGUGAACUUGGUGAGAACUGUUAUAAUCAAACAACAAUGAUUGAAGAUCCGAACUAUUGGGGUUCAGAUAGUAGAAAAAGUAUAAUGAAGGUGAUUGGAGAAGUGUUUAGUAAAUCAAAGUACCCCAUCACAUUCCUUAACAUCACUCAACUCUCAAAUUAUCGUAAAGAUGCACACACAUCGAUUUAUAAAAAGCAAUGGAAUCCAUUGACGCCCGAGCAGUUGGCUAAUCCGAUUAGUUAUGCGGAUUGUACUCAUUGGUGUUUGCCUGGCCUUCAAGAUACUUGGAAUGAGCUCCUCUUUGCCAAAUUAUUUUAUCCUUGAAUUUAUCUUUUUCUAUUAUAGCUUUUGAGGUUUGUUUUUUCAAAUGAAUUUAUAUUAAAGUUUUGUUUUGGGAAAUUCGAAAUUUAGUUCGGUUGAUUCA